AUGUCUCGUAGCCACCCUCACUCCAGUCAUCACAGCCACUCAGUUCCAAACCCUCAACUCAGUGCACCCCAGCGCUCCUUCCGCUUUAAGUUCUUCGAAAGUGAAGAAGGGAUUGGCCCCAUCCUUGAUCGCCAGGCGGCUCACGGGAAGCCUCUAGACCUCUCCUGGCUCCUCAAGGCACACCACUACCGCGACUCAAUCGCCAUCAAGAACCUUGACGUCGACUCCGCUCAGGAUCUGCUGCUACUGGUGCACUACGACCAACCGCACGAGCAUGGUGCUCAGGGCGUUACUGUCUACCCCGUUCAACUGUCGAAUCCAGUCAUACCUAACUCUUAUGGGCUUAGCAAUGCGCACCGGCGUGCGCGUAAGGCCGCAAUCAACAUGAAGUGGGGCGAGAAGGACUCCGCGGACGGCAAGGGUGAGAGUCUGGCGGUCGAGAUCUUCCUCUGCGGUCUUCACUUUGCGCUCUUCGUCCGCUAUGCCUACAAUCAACGCGUUGUUAUAUUUAACUGGGUGACGGGUCACAGAGUCGCGAGGAUCGACGGUUCAUGGAUACACACCGACGCCAAGGCCUCGCAUCUCGUCGAGCACCCGCUCGACGUGAACCACUUUGCCUGGAUCUCACCGAAUGUCAUCAUGAUAGGCUGCAUCUCGCAAGAUGAAAACGACGCGAAAUACGACGGACUGUACCUCUACGAGCUCUCCGGCCACUCUCAACAACCGUUCUCUCGCAGUCUCGUCCUGGAAGUGCCCCGCUGGAAAGAGACCUAUCGUGUCUCCGUCGGUGGCGAUAAGUCGAUGGAAAUCGUGACUGGGUCGUGGAGCGAGGACAUAUACCCUGGAGCGCUCACUCGCAAUGCAUACGAUCGUGUCACCGUCGUCAGAGAGGAUGUCUCCCAACGCCCUGGGUGCAAUGUCUUCUACGUGCUUCGCAACGAUUACAUGGUAUCGCUCUUGCGAGACCGGAACAGGGACACCCUGAGCUGGAAUGAGUUUACCAACGGGGCAUCGUUUCCAUGCAUCGCUCGCGCCUUCAGCUGGCCUAACAAAACCGUGUCUCUGGCUUCUGAUAUACAGAUAUGCGGGUCCAAGGUGAUGAUAGCGCAGAAGGAUGAAUAUGAACAGAGCGUGCAGGUCACUGUGGCCGACUUCGACGAUGCGAGCCUCGAUCCACGCUUGGUGCCCGGUACUGUGGUCAGGAGUGGUACUACCGUCGCGGAUGGUCCGGACAGCAUAUUCGAGCACGGCUGGCUGUGGACUAAUCUGCCGUAUCGGUUGAUCCCCAUCGCUGCUCCUAUCGAAUGGGACAUCAAGCUCGUACUCGGGCAUGACCGCGUCUCUUACACCCGGACGGGUAGCUGGAGGAAGGCGGGGUACAUACCUGUGCAGGCACAUCUGGCUCAAGCGGGUGCGCAGUAUCAGGGUCAGCCACGGGUUGGCAUGGGCGCAUCAACAAGUUCUGGAUGGCAAUGA